UAGAACUCCGGCCAUGGUGAGCUAGAUUUGGAACUCCAGAAACUAAACAAAAAUCAAUUCUGAGCCAGUAAAGAAUGGAAGCAGCAGCUAGUUCUUCGUCUGUUGAGCAAACUGUGGAUGUGGCUCAAUGGGAAGAGAAUGUCAAAUCACACCAUAUGCCCAGGGCUGACUUAAACAAACUGGUUAUGGAGUAUCUUGUCAAAGAAGGUUUCAAAGAUGCUGUUUUGAGCUUUGAAGGUGAGAGUGGGAUAGACCCUGGUGUGGAUAUGAAGAUUCUAGAUGAACAGAUCAAAAUACGAGCGGCAGUUGAGAGUGGUUCGAUCCAAGACGCAGUGGAACUUGUGAACGAUGUUGAUCCUGAAAUUUUAGACACAAAUCCAAAACUAUUUUUCCAUCUACAACAACAGCAACUAUUAGAAUACAUUCGACAAGGAGAUGUCGAGAAAGUACUGGACUAUGCUCAGAAAGAACUGUCUGCAAGAGGGGAAGAAAAUCCUGAAUUUCUUGAAGAACUGGAACAGACUCUAGCACUGUUAGCAUUCGAUAACACAAGUGCGUCACCGUUUUCCGAACUCUUAGAGCACCCCCAGAGGCUAAAGGUUGUGAGCGAGCUGAAUGCAGCUGUGCUGGCCAGUCAGGACCAAACCUCGGAGUCUAAACUGGGCAUGCUCAUGAAACUGGUGCUAUGGGCACAAGAUCAGCUGACGAAGAAAGGACUCAAGUUUCCAAAAUUAGCGAACAUUGGAUCUUGUAAACUUGAAACAGAUUAGUUUUACUAUUGUCCAUUAUUAAUUAUACGUUCAAUCACAUCAUACAUAUUAAUUUUGGUACAUUUGAAUUGCUUGUUAUGAUCUAUGAUUAAAUGCGAUUAUUACCAAGAAAGUUGAAA